GGGGAUAAUAUAUAGUCUAUAGCCUUCCUCGAUAAAUGGGCUACCUAACACUAAAAGAAUUUUUCAAAUCGGACCAGUAGUUCCUGAGAUUAGCGCGUUCAAUCAAACAAACAAAUAAAUAAAGAACACAAGAAAGGCAAAAAAAUAAUAGGCAGAUAGAACGCAUGGAACAUGCCAGUGAUGCAGCCUUUUCAAAUACAAAUUCAAAAACGUACUACAUUGUAAUAAGAUUUACAAUGUAGUGAUGGGCAAACGAAGCGAUUCAGAGUUGAGAGUGGGACAAUUUGGCUAUGGACAACGGAAUGAUAGGGGCCAAAUACUGGCUGACUUCAUGGAGAAGGAGGGCCUCUUUAUGAUGAACUCCUUCUUCAAGAAGCCACCACAGAUUCACAUUUUACAGAGAAAUUACGAACAUUAUUUAUAGACUUUUGUUUACUACAUUUGAUCUGCAGGGUUACGGUACGUUCACACGGAGACACGAUUUGCCGAAUCUUAUUUUCAUCGGAUCUGGAAAAACCGAAUGUUGUAUUCACACAGCACAUCUUGUUUGGCCGUAUCCGACGGCCUCGUAUCGGGAUCUCGUGUGAACUCACCAUCCGGCUUUUAUUAGCAAGAGCGCGCACAGUUCCUCACGUUGAUUUGGAAGCGAUGGACGUGAACAGUCUUGCUAUACUAUACUGGUAUUAUCGCCGUCAGCGUCGUAGAAAAAGAUUGUGGUUAAACCCAAUAGUACAAAGAAGAUCAACAGUUGGUGCCUUUACAACUCUAAUGCAGCAGUUAAGAAAUGAUCCACAAAAAUUUUUUAACUACUUUAGAAUGACUAUACCUACAUUUGAUAAUCUUUUGAAAAAAGUGGAAAAAGAUUUGAAAAAGCGUGAUACAAAUAUGAGGAAAAGCAUUAGACCAGAAGAAAAAUUAGCGAUAUGUAUAAGAUAUAUGGCUUCUGGGUGUUCAUACAAGGAUUUACAUUACGCCUACCGAGUCGGAGUGUCUACGAUCAGUAACAUUAUUAAGGAAGUAACGAAUGCUAUUUGGAACAAUUUGCAUGGGGAGUUUAUGACAUUACCCAACACAAUAUCUGACUGGGAAUAUAUCGCCAAUGGAUUUAAUACUAGAGCAAACUUUCCCCAUUGCAUUGGUGCAGUGGACGGUAAACAUAUUAGGAUAAAAAAGCCAAACAACAGUGGUUCCAUGUUUAUGAAUUACAAAGAUUUCUUUUCCAUCGUAUUAUUAGCAGUGGUUGAUUCAUAUUAUAAAUUUACAUACAUCUGUGUGGGCUCGUAUGGAAAAGAAUGCGAUUCGACAAUAUUCAAGGAGUGUACUUUUUGGAAAAAACUAAUAGAUGGUGAUUUGCAAUUACCGGCAGCAUGUCCACUGACAAACGAUUCCGAUUUAUCGAUUCCGUUUGUAGUAAUAGGCGAUGAAGGUUUUGGCUUGCAUCAACAUUUGAUGAGACCUUACGGCGGAAACCAUUUGGAUAGAAACAAAAGAAUAUAUAACUACAGAUUAACCAGAGCUCGACGCUAUGUUGAGUGCGCCUUUGGGAUAUUAGCUAACAAGUGGCGAAUAUUUCAUCGUCCACUGGAUGUUGAUACCAGCACAGCAAUAUCGAUUGUAAAGGCUUGCACUGUACUUCAUAAUUUUAUAAUAGAUAUGGAAGGUGUACAGUCGAACAUAGAAACAACAAGCAAUGUAUCAUCAGUGGUUAACGUGUUCACAGAUGCACCCAAUGAACAAAAUAGUACACGAGGUGGACGAUGUGCUAAUGUUAUACGAUCUGAAUUCACAAAUUAUUUUAUUUCUACAGCAGGAGCUGUGCCUUGGCAAGACGAAUCAAUCUAACGUUAAUUUUGUAACACACUGCUAAUGUACAAAUACUUAACCUGUUUACUUUAAAAAAUUACAAACUUACCAUAAU